GUGUAGUGCAAUUGGAAAAUCCUGAGAGGCCUAUUCUUUCCAUUUAUCAAGCUAAGUCAAAACUACAGCUUGAGAACAUCCUCACGUAAUUCUCAAAUAUCCAUGGUGAGGUGCUUGUUAUGUCGGCCUGUAGUCAACACUCCCAAAGCUCGCGCUCUUCUCGCUGCCCUCCCUCCGCUCGAGAGGAACAUUAUUAACCGUCAUCGCACAUGGCGAAACGACUCUGCUCCGAGCUAUUCGUCAGCAGAUUGUCAUUCUACACCACGGAGGAAGGACUCAGAAGAUUGUUCUCUCCAUUCGGUUCGAUUAAGGAAGUCAGGUUGAUUAAAGACCCAAGUACUCGAAGGCCCAAAGGUUUCGGCUUUGUUGCUUACGAGUCGGAGGUCGAAGCGGAUAGGGCAUUGAAGGCCUUGAACGGAAGGAUUGUUGAUGGAAGGCUGAUCUUCGUGGAAUUUGCACAAGCUAGAGGACCUGAAAAAGCUUCCGACUCUCGAGAAGAUGCAUCAGGCUAAUAUUGGCAGAAGAGUAUUCCUUCCAAGGCACCAAAAGGAAAGUGGAAUCGCGGGUCCUUUUCGCAUAAAUCUCCAGCAAAAUUUCCUGACGUGCUAAUAAGAGGAAAAAGAUUAGGAUCUGAUGCUGAUGGUUAUAUAUAAAAAGGUUAGGAUCUGAUGCUGAUGGUUAUAUCCACCUUCAUUAUGGGAUUUAUUCAGUGCUGCCAGGUUCUCAGGGUUUUCGAGACAAAACUUGAUUGCAAUGUGCAUUAUUUCUCUGAGAAUAAUUUUCCUUUCCUCCUUUCAAUAGAAUGAAACUUCCCAUUACUCAAGAAA